AUGCCUCGCCCAGGAAGAAACACAUACGAUGAACAGAAACCGCCUUAUUCUUAUAUUGCUCUGACAGCAAUGGCAAUACAGAGUUCUGGCGAGAAAAUGUUACCCUUGAGCGACAUUUAUAAAUUUAUCAUGGACAAUUUUCCAUUCUACCGCAAAAACACGCAGCGGUGGCAAAACUCUCUUAGGCACAAUUUGUCUUUUAAUGACUGUUUCAUCAAAAUUCCUAGGCGACCUGACAGACCAGGCAAGGGAUCCUACUGGGCAUUACAUCCAAUGUGUGGAGAUAUGUUCGAGAAUGGUAGUUUCCUUCGGCGGAGGAAGAGAUUCAAACUUCGUCAGCUUCAGCUACAAAUGCAGGCUGCUGCGCAGCCUUCCCAGGAGCUAAUGGUCAUGAAGUCGACGCCUCCCAUGGACACAAACAAUUAUUUUGAGGAAGCUGCAUUUCGUGCUCGCUUGCAUCAUUCAAUGGCCGCUUCCUCAAGACUGCAGUCAUACAUUACCUCUUCUGCCACCCCUACUAAACAUUCAUUCUCCAUCGAGAGCCUAAUAUCACCAGAUUAUAAAUCUCCCUCCAACAUUCUUCCUCCACCCCAAGUUCUACAACCCUCCCUUCCUUCUUUUGCUGCACACUUUGCCUCAAAUUUACCUCCCAGUUUAGUAGCUUCAUAUGCUGCUAGCAUGGACAUGACUUCUUCUUUAGCGACUUCCCUGUCCACAAUCUCUUCACUGUCCUCUCUGUCACCUUCCUCUCUCUGCUCAAGUCUCAUGUCCAGGUUUUCUGACAACCUUGAUCUCCUGAAAUCGGCUGCCCGCGAUGAACUGAACAUACAUCCGUCGGUUCCAAUCAAACCGUCACCAAUAAAUCCCCUAACUAUCAGCUACGCCGCUCACCGGGCAGCUUUCAUGUCCAGGAUGUGUCUACCAACUUCAAUUGGUCAGUCCUUAUCGGGAAAAGUUUUAACGAUGUCAGCAACUUCGAGCAGUUCAUAA